AGCCGGGUUUGCCAUUUGUCAUUUACGAACAGUGAAAGAGGUUUACUUGUGAAAGCUUUUCUAUUUCAAUUGUGUUUUAACAGUCGUGGUUAACGGUUGUACGAGUUGCAGCUUCGCUAAUGCAAUAUUCUGACUGAAAAGACAACAGUACCUAGCUAAACAGCUGAAUUAAUAAAUGGAACGCACUAAAUAAAACCGACAGCAUUAGAAAAAAUCUCCAAAUCAAGUCGUGAAUAUAACACAAUGAGCGCGCAGUGAAUUCGUUAGCUACUGUCUUGGCUUGUGAUAUUUGUACAUAUGUACGUAUACGUAACUGUUUAACUGCGUUGCGCGCUACAUUGUGUUUGGCGAACAAAAAUAAAUACAGUUCUAAAAUAAAAAUAAUUUAAUAACGGAUAAAUAAAAAUGCUGUGCUAUGUAAACGUGAAUGUUUAAAAUAUUUUUUGAGCAAUAGAAAAAAAUAAAACUUUGGCAAAAAGUUUAAAUAAAAAAAUUCCUAAACAAACUUAAAACAAAUAUAAAGUGAAGUUGUUCAAAUUUCAAAAAUGUCUAUUGUUUGCACUUUGGAGCCAAAAGUGAAUUUAUUCAAAAACUCAACUGCCAAAAAUAUGCUUGUUUUGAAAAAUAAUAAUGUGACAAAGUCCACUGCAGCAACAUCAUCUAGCAGGGCAGCAGUGAAUGCUUUUAAAAGUUACAACAAUAACAUUUAUAUGAAGGAUAAAAAUGCGAACAAAAUUACAGAUAUCUACAAUAACAACAAUAGCAGUAAUAAUCUGAACCAGCAACAAUUAGAGCUCUUACAACAACAAUAUAAUAAACGCAAUUCCGUUGUGGAACUGAUCGCUCGUCAACAGCAGCUCCCCCAUGAUACCGCCUCCUCAGCUAGUACUGAGGCCUUAAAUAGUGGAAAUUUCGUUGCUGAUAUGCCGGAGAUCCUUAGCGUUGCUGCUUUAAACAAUAAUCAUCACAAGAGCGCCAACAACAAUAGUUCCUCAGUAGCAGGUUUGACCACAAAAACAUCCACAAUGCACAACGUACGCUUACCGUCCAUUUCGCCAACGCUUUCAUUGAAUGGCAGUUCUAAUGAUGCAAAUAAUGUUCACCCCUACUCCAUGUACGGCCCAAUAAGCCCACAGUCCAGUGAUAGUGGCCAUAGUUUACCAGAUAACAUUUCGCAUGUAAAUGGUACAAAAUACCGCAACAGCUUCAGCGGCUCAAACAGUUCAUUCGACUCUCAUAACAUGUCCAAAUCAUCACAACAGUCGCAAUCGCACAAAGAGUUGUUCACGCAGCGAAAGCAGCGUGAGUUUACGCCAGAUAGCAAAAAGGAUGACAGCUAUUGGGAUCGUCGCCGACGUAACAACGAAGCGGCCAAACGUAGUCGCGAAAAACGUCGCUAUAAUGACAUGGUCUUGGAACAAAGAGUUGUUGAGUUAACAAAGGAGAAUCACGUAUUAAAGGCACAAUUAGAUGCCAUCAAAGACAAAUUUAACAUCUCUGGGGAAAAUUUGGUGAGCGUUGAACAAAUAUUGGCCUCGUUGCCAACAAGUGAACAAGUCUUGAGUAUAACCAAACGUGCCAAGAUGACAAUGAAUAGCGGUUUCAAUGCUGCCACAGCUGGCGUACCCACAUCUAUUGUUUAUGGCGUCCCUGCGCAUACAUCCACAAAUGGUUCAGGAUGUCCUCCGACCUCCACAUCCAUUGCACAAAACCCAUCGUCGAGUGGAAUACUUACACCACAGAAAUCAAAUAACCUAAAUCAGGUUCCCAGCAAUGAUCCCAGCAAUGCACUGAACGGAGACAGUAGUUUGAUAUGCAAAACUACCCAACAGUCGCUGCAACAGAGCAUCAAAAAUGUUAACCAUCCAAAUAUAUCUCCAACACUGUCUCAUCCACAUGCGAUGUCAUCACUGGCUCACAUGCAAUUAUCCACCUCCCCAGUACAUCUCAAUGCUGAACACUAUCAGCCACCACCACCCCUGCCAAUUAACAACAACUAUCCACAUACUGAAAUGUCUAGACCAAACAACUCCAAUAUGCUAAAUAACAUAAAUCCAAGCGCGAACACGACAUCACAUCUAGAGAAUGUUCGGCAUAUGUCGACAUCAGAGACGCCCCAGCAGUCCCCACCGUCCAAUUUGCAGAAUUUACAUGUUUUGCAAGCCCUUAAUCGCAAUGUCAAUUGCGAUGAUCUCGACAAUUUACGUAAAGUUGUGGCUGUAGUGGGCGCUGCUAUAAAUACAAAUGUCACAACGGAACCUACUGAAUCUCCGUUGUAUAAUGCACCGAUAACGGCACCUCUCUAUGUGCCACCACAUCCGACCAGUAUCUAUGCAUAUAGCACAAAGGAGCAAGUAUCAGCAUCCAGCCAAAAUAUGGAAAGCGGCUUUAAGGCAAAAUCAACUGAGGCCAACCAUGUUAGUUCAAGUGCAGUGGAUGCCGUUUCUUCAUCCUCUGUCACCAAUGGAAACGCGAACACUAGCAGUAGCGUUCUAAAUUUAUCACGUCGCGCCUGCUCACCUGCAUAUGAACAUAUACUAUCAUCCACAUCAUCCUCGCUGUCCUCGGCCUCUUCGUCGGGAGUCGUCUCUGGCGACGACGAACACGAACCGGAUGGCACCGAAGAUAUAGAACAUAAUAAUGUAGUAAACAUUAGUACUACCAGUCCCAGCAGUACCGAUUCCAAUAAUUGUCUACCGCUCAAGUUAAGGCACAAGUCCCAUUUAGGUGACAAAGACGCCGCUGCCACAGCUUUGCUGGCACUUCAGCAUAUCAAACAGGAACCGGUGAGCAAUCGGGCUUCGCCUCCCGCUUGGGUCGAUAACGGGGACAACUCGAGCGAUGAACGCGAUUCUGGUAUCUCGAUCGGCAGCACUGAGUGGACUUCACAAUUUCAACGAAAAGUUGAUACAGCGAAUUGUGGCAGCAGUUCAAUAGUGGGCGUGUCGCCGUCGGAACGCGAACACAUACUUAAAUCUCAUUUGGCGCGGCUAGAAUCGGAGGUAGCAAAUAUUAAAAAUAUGAUGAUUCUUUCAGUAGACCAAAUAAGUACACCAGCAGAUUUGAAAAUUUGAGAUGAAUAGAAUGGGAGCUCCAUAAUCAUCUUGAACGCCGCUGUAAGACAUAAAUGUUUGUACAUGAAUGGAGAGAGAGCAGAGACACAAUAACCUUUUAAAUAUGUAUUUGUGUGGAUUGCGUUAGGUAGAAAUGCGAGUGUGAAUAAUUUAUCUAAACAAUCUUUAUUAAAUAUAAUUACGCACCAAGUAUUUAUUUUUAUACUACUUAGAAUGAAUUUAAUUUGAACUCAAUUUUCUCACUAAUACUUACGGAACUUAUGCGAAAUGUGAAGCGUAUGUAUGGUGAAAUUGGUGUACAAUGCAUACCUAUGAAGCAAAUGAUUUGCUUCAAGCUGAUUGCAACAGUGACCUUUUGUAAGAAAAAUAAAUCGAAAAAUCUACAAGAAGUUUAACAACACUUCGCGUUAAUGGGCAAUUAAGUCAAAAUUCAUAAUAGUGAAAUCAAUUCCCUUCUGAUAGGGAUAUAUAUAUACUAUCUAUAGGUGUAUGUAUAUUUAAUACUAGUACCCACUUGUGCAUGCACCUACAAGUAUGUUAUAAUAAAUGUGUAUGAAGGAUAGCGCUGAAUAAAUAAAAUAGUUUAAAUUUACUGAAAGUAAACGGGCAUUACAAAACAUCAUGUCAGCCGUUUUCUUCGUUGUGCGUCUGUUUAACGAAAAAAUUUAUUAAUUUUCUGACGCUCUUUAAUGUGAUCAUAAUUGCUUAUCAAUACUAUAUGAUUUUGAGUAAUAGCAACUUCUUCUAAAAGGCAAUUAAAUUCAAAGAUGAAACCUAGCUAGGAUUGCGUCUAACAACUAAUGUUUUGUAAGUGCAUGAAGCAAGAAUGUUGAAAAGUGAUUUUUUUAUUUGACGAUGUAUGGUUUGUGUUGGGAAACUGAACUCAAAUGAUUAAGUUCUUUUCGCUAAGAUCUCCAUAAGAUACAUAGAGCCCUGGUUUUAUUGCCUAAAUAUAUAGUUUUCUGGAUAGCUUGCCACCUGAUAUUUUUGUUUACAGCAUCUGUAUUAUAAAUACCAAUGUAUUACAAGAAAAACAAAAAGAUGCCUAUUUUAAAAUAUGUAUGUAUUUGAAUUGAUUUCUGAGAAAAACCAACAAACUAUUAUAAAAAAAAUUAUAUGUAUAUAAAAUAGCUUACGGCAAGUACACUUCAGUUCUUGUUAAACACAAAUUAUGUAUAUGUUAUUUAUGUUUAGAUAUUAGUUUAGAAAAAAAUAAUAUAAUAUUUAUGGUUGAAUAUACAUGCAUACUUAUAUCUUUGUAAAUAUGUCAAAAUAUAUGCAUAUAUGCACACAUACAUACGUAUAUUUACCACACAUUACUACCACCUGUGAUUUCAGUAAACGUAUAACAUUCGCAAGUGGAUUUCUGAGGGAAGUGAAUAAUGUUGAAGAUGGGAAAUGGAGUAUUUAAGAGUAGUAGUUUUGUAUAUACACAUACAUAUAUAUAAUUUAUUACAAGUUCAAAUGUUUGAAAAACGUUAACUAUUCAUAGUUCCAUUUACAUAUUUAUAAACUUUACUUGAAUGUGUAAAGAAGUUUUAUAUAACAAAUAGUUAAGUGUAUGUUUGUUAAUCACCUAUUAUAAUCCAUAUUUAUUUAUGAGUUAUUAUUAUAUUACAAAUAAAUAGGCUUUGCAUACCUAAAUAUGUAUUUUAGAAAUUUUAAAAUUUAAACAGCUA